AUGCAAAAAACACUCAAUUGGGCUAUAUUGGGCGCAGGAAACAUCUCGGCACAGUUUGUUCAUGACUUGGUAUUGAACAACAGUCGUGGUACUGAAUAUUUACACAUUAUACAGGUAAUUGGAUGUUCUAGUGAGUCAAAGGGAAAAGACUUUAUUACUGCCAAUGCCAUAAAGCCUGAAAAUAAUGGUGGUGUAACACCUGUGGUUCAAACAUACGACGAACUUUAUACCAACCCAGAUAUCGAUGUGGUAUACAUUGGAACACCACAUACUUUCCAUAAACAACAAGCUAUAAACUGUUUGCAAGGCGGAAAGCAUGUUCUUUGUGAGAAACCCAUUACUGUAAAUGCAAAAGAUGCCAAGGAGAUCUUCAAAGUUGCUCAAGAGCAUGGCAAGUUUUGCAUGGAGGCCGUGUGGACGAGAUUUUUCCCAGCAAUUAAAGAAUUGAGACACAAAGUAUAUGACGAAAAAGUCAUUGGAGAAAUACACAGGCUUUUUGCCGACUUGAGCUACAAUGUUGAUGUUGAGUCUUUGCCAAUCACAUCAAGAGUGAGGGACAAAAAAUUAGCAGCUGGGUCAUUGUUGGAUAUCGGAAUUUACCCGCUUACAUACAGCAGAAUCUUGCUUGAUGAUAAAGUUGGCGAUGAUCACACCAAGUUUGUCCACAAAAGUUUCCUCACUAUAGACCAGGAAGACAAAGUGGACCAUUUGUGCUCUAUUAUGGUCAAGUACGAGAAUGGAAAGCACGCCAUUUUGACCUCCUCAGAGCUUGUUGAUGGACCAAAAGCAUAUGUUAGACUUGAGGGAACCAAUGGUUGGGUCGAAAUGUAUAGUGACAACCCUGCCAGAGCUAAGCAUUUCAAGAUCUUCAACAAAGAGGGUACUUUGAUCAACGAAUUUCGAGACGAGUCUGGUUAUAAUGGGUUUAUAUACGAAGCCAAUGCUGUAGCUGAUGAUAUUAAUGAAGGAAAGUUGCAAAAUAGUGUUAUGCCGCAUGCCGAAACAUUACUCGUUAUGGGUGUAAUGGAUGAAAUUAGAAACCAAAAUGGAUUGAUAUAUGAGCAAGAUUGA